CCGUCUGCUAAAAAUACCCGGCUGGAGGCCCAUAUAAGCGCAGCCUGUCCGGCGUCCGACACUUCCAGCUCCAGCCGGACGCCCGGAAAACAGCCAGCAUGACAGAGCGCCGUGUGCCCUUCUCGCUCCUGCGGAGCCCCAGCUGGGACCCCUUCCGCGACUGGUACUUGCCACACAGCCGCCUCUUCGACCAGGCCUUCGGGAUGCCCCGGCUGGCCGAGGAGUGGUUCGGCACCAGCGGCUGGCCGGGCUACGUGCGUCCGCUGCCCCCUGCCGUGCUCGAGGGUCCCGCGGCGCCCGCUUACAGCCGCGCGCUCAGCCGGCAGCUCAGCAGCGGCGUCUCCGAGAUCCGGCAGACGGCCGACCGCUGGCGCGUGUCCCUGGACGUCAACCACUUCGCCCCGGAGGAGCUGACCAUCAAGACUAAGGACGGUGUGGUCGAGAUUACCGGCAAGCACGAAGAGAGGCAGGAUGAGCAUGGCUACAUCUCCCGGUGCUUCACCCGGAAAUACACGCUGCCCCCUGGUGUGGACCCCACCCUCGUCUCCUCCUCCCUGUCUCCUGAGGGUACACUCACCGUGGAGGCCCCCCUGCCCAAACCAGCCACGCAGUCGUCGGAGAUCACCAUCCCUGUCACCUAUGAGGCCCGUGCGCAGCUUGGGGGCACAGAAACCGGGCAGUCUGCAGCCAAGUAAGGGCCUCAGCCCUGCUGCCCACCCCUGCAGCCGUCACUGGCCAUCCCCCUCUGCUUACAUUUGUGUUCUUUUGAUAUAUUUACCUUCUUUUUUUCUCAAUAAAGUUCAAAGCUACUGCCUCA